GGGCAACAACUGUGAAAUUGUUGAAUAUAAUGCUGAAGUGCUUCAACGUUAUGAACAUGAAAAAGAGAGAGUUGUGAGUGAUGGACUUGAAAAGUUUAAGGAAUUAGAAAUGGGUAUGACCUUUAAGACUAUUCAAGAAGCUAGACAGGUUGUUAGCUUUUAUGCUAUGGCUAACAAAAAGAAGUUGAAAACAAAAAAAAGUGAUACAAAAAGAAUUAGGUAUGAGUGUUAUGAUGGUUGUCCCUUUACUCUUCUCAUAUCUAAGGAUGGAAAAUCAGCAACAUUUAAGGUUAAAACAUUGAAGCCUAAGCAUACAUGUGGUGAUUCUUUUGUUAAUCCAUUGGCAACUUAUCAUACCUUGACGGUUUAUUUUAAGGAUGAAGUUCAAAACAAUCCAAAAUACCCUAUCAAAGACAUGAGAGGAAUUCUUGAAAAAAAAUUCAAGUUGAAUGUCUCAAGAUCCAAACUAAAAAGAGUCAAAACAAUGGCUCUUGAUAAGUUGGAAGGCAGUUUCAAAGAUGACUACAAUAGGCUUGAAGCUUAUGGUCAAGAACUUAGACAAUCAAAUCCAGGAUCUGAUAUGGUAAUUAAUAUCUCUAAAGAUGCACUUGAACAAGGCAUAAGAAGGUUUUUGAGAAUGUACAUUUGCUUCAAGGCUUUGAAGGAUGGAUGGAAAAGUUUGAGACCUAUAAUUGGUUUAGAUGGAACAUUUCUCAAAGGAAAAUCCAAGGGGCAACUAUUGUAGCUGUUGGGCAAAACUCAAUGAAUCAUUUUUACCCAAUAGCUUGGGCGGUGGUGGAAAAGGAAAACACAAAAACAUGGACAUGGUUUAUUCAAUUGUUGAGGAUUUCGUUGGAGCUGAAAAAUGGUGAAAUUGUGACAUUUAUGUCUGAUAUGCAAAAGGGCCUGUUGGAUGCUGUAGCUAAUGUUGUUCCAGAAGCACACCAUAGGUUCUGUGUGAGGCAUAUAGAAUCUAACUGGUGCAAGAAAUGGCGGAGUGGUGAAGAGAAAAAAUUGAUGUGGUGGUGUGCAUGGAGUACCUAUGAAGAAGAAUUCAAAGACACUUUGAAGGUGUUAGGAAAGGUGGAUGAAGAUUCAGCUAGUGAUCUUCUUCAUUUUCCUGUAAUUAAAUGGUGUAGGGAAUAUUUUGAUACUCAAUGUAAGAAUCUAAUGGUAGACAAUAACUUCACUGAGUCUUUUAACAGUUAGAUACUUGAAGCUAGACAAAAACCAAUUAUUAAAAUACUGGAGGAAAUUAGAGUGAAGGUGAUGAAUAUGCUGGUGAAAAAUGAAAAAAUGGGCAGAAAAUGGCAAAAUGAUAUCAG